GGAUGCGGAUGCGGAAGUCAAUUUGUGCGUAGAAAGCAUUCAACAGCCAGCACACAAGUACUACGAAACCGUGCUAACAAAUCGCUCGACUGAAAAGUGCAAGAAUCAAGUGAUGUGACGACGGAAGAGCAUUGCAAUUUGUAUUUUUAUAGCAAAAAUCAAUAGAUACAGAAUUUGAAUACAAACAAAGAAUUUAAAUUGAAAAUGUUGAAUUUAUGGCUGUGGGCAAUUGCGUUCACUUUGAGUUGCAUAUUAAAUUCACAAUUGGUUGAAACUACAAAAUCCUGCCCUCUAGAGUGCAUAUGUCUAUCACAAACGCAAGUGCUUUGUAAUACCGGCGGACUGAAUCACAUACCAUUGCGUCACCUGCCGUCAAAUGUGGAACACUUGUCCUUGACCAAAAAUCACUUUGCUGUUAUUAAACCGGACUCAUUUGCGGGACUGCGUUCUCUAAAGAAGUUAUCAUUGGAUGGUAACAACAUAACCAAAAUUAAGCAGUUCGCUUUUCGUGGUCUCCCCCGCCUGAAAGAGCUCUCCAUUCAAUAUACACCAUUGCAGGUGGUCACCAGUUUUGCAUUUGCCGGCCUGCAAAACCUCUCCACCAUAUUGCUUAGCCACAAUCAGAUUGCCAGCAUAGAGGCUUACGCAUUUGCCGGUACCUCCAAUGUCAAGCUAAUACUGCUAACCAAUAAUCCACUGUUACGCAUCGAGAGUUUUGCCUUUUCCAGCCUCACACAGGUUGGCCAUCUAUUGUUGCCAUCGGGCAUACGGACCAUAGAGUCGAACGCCUUCUUUGGCAUGUACACAGUGGGCCUGCUCAAAUUGGCUUACAUGGAUCUGGAGCAAAUACAGCCAUACACAUUUCGUGGUCUAUCCAAUGUGCUAUUGCUCACCAUCCAGGAGUCGGAUUUGGGGGCAAUCAGUGGCGAGGCAUUCGCCGGAUUGACACAGGUGGACACACUUCAGCUGCUGAACAACAAAAUUGACAUUAUCGAGGCCCUGGAUUUCAAUGACACUGCCGGCAUAAAACAACUAAAAUUACAUGGCAACCAUUUCCUGCAAACACCGGAAGCAGAUGACAUUUGUCUGGACGGCGUAGACAUACUGGAGUUGGAUGGCAAUUACUUUCCCUGUGGAUGCCAACUGCACAAUCUGCUGGAGAGUGCAUUCGCCACAAAAACCCCCAAUUCUACAGUGCAUCUCAUACAGCGCAAUUACUGCAUUUCUCCCAUCGAGAUGAACGGUCGUCGUAUGGCCGAUGUUCAGGUGGCGGAAAUAGCCCCCUGUCAAGAGCAUCUAAUGCAGGCUAAUUUAGGGUCAAAGGCAAGCAACUUGAAGUCUCCACUCUUGUGUCUCGGUGCAGUAAUCCUGUGGCUCAAAUUACUGUUGCCUCACAAAUUAUAGCAGUAAGAUUAGAGGACAUUCGUGCAUGUGCUCCAUUCUGUUCCUCUACCACUUUUGUUGAGUUCCUUCUUGGAUGCUUUGUUAUUGCGAUGGAAAUGAGGGUGUGUACUUUUCAGUUGCAUUUCUCUGUUGGCCAAUUUUUCUACGACAACACAAUUAGACACUAAUCUUAAAUGGAUUUACCAUAGACAACAACAAAAACCACAUAUAAACUAAGUCAAUUUUGCUAAGUAAAUAUUAUCGUAUAA